AUGACGAAUCUCAAGAUCAAAUCCGUAUUGGGUCACGCCUAUCUUGGCUGCUACACAGAUUUGUCAAGCCAUGUUCUCAGUGCAACCUCGACAACGCCCAUAUUUAACGAGCCACAGUAUUGUUGCCAAUGGUGCGCGAACGCCGAUACGGCGAAUACGAUCUGCGGUGUCGAAUAUGGAGGUCAAUGCUAUUGCGACAGCACCAUGCCCAGCGUCGACCUUGCCUCAGCUUCAGACUGCAACUCAAAAUGUCCUGGCGACGGCUCAGUUGCUUGUGGAGGAGAGUGGAGAUUGAACAUCUACAGUUCCACUGCCCCGACGACAACAGUGGCAUCACCAGAGACCGUGACACCGCAGCUUUUGCAGGGCUACUCCUACCUCGGCUGCUAUUCUGACUCCAGCGACCGAAUCCUUCGCGGGGCUUACACCCCUCCCAUUCUGAACGAUCCGAAAUACUGCUGCGAAUGGUGCCAGAAUGUCGAUAACAAUUAUCAAUACUGUGGUGUUCAAAAUGGAGACCAAUGCUUCUGUGAUAGCACCACGUUCGGCCCUGCCAACUCGGCCUCAGCUAAGGAUUGUAGUUCUUCGUGCCCAGGAGGGGGCGACCAACAGUGUGGUGGUUAUUGGCGUGUCAAUCUUUACAAGGCUACGGGAGUGUCACCCGCCGAGACAGCCACGACUUUAAUGACAGCCAAGGGGGCGUCAGCAAUCCCGUCUGAAACGAAUACAUCAGCGCCGCAGCCAAGUCACAAGCAGGCACUGAGCGGAGGAAGUAUUGCAGGCAUCGUCGUUGGUGCGGUUGCAGCCAUAGCAUUAUUGAUUACGGCUUUGUUUUUGCUAGUACGUCGGCGACGUUCCCGGACAAUUCCAAGCUACACUACUGAAGGCGGUUCUGAGACACCAGCGUCUGGAAAGUUCACUCAAGCCAACGUACAUGAAUUGCAAACACCUAUCCAGUCACCAAGGGCAGAGUUAGCUGAGUCGAAGUCAGAGCCAACACUACAUGAAAUGGACGCUGGGCCCCGAUAG